GAGUGGCAAGUGGUUGGACUCCGCCCAACUAGGUUGUAAAACCAUAGAUUGAAGAGUUAAUCUAUGGUAAAACUGAAGCAAAGGUCAAGCGGUUUCUCCCUCCUUAACCUAGGUCGAGUUUCCCCAGUGCACUAGGUACGUACGUACAUGAGAUGGCUACUCAGAUAUUUCGAAAGACAUCAGCUGACAGCAUCAGUCUUUGGAUGGGGCAUAAACUGCAUAUAAUCAAGUGGGAACCACAAACUCCAAACUGUCUGCUUUUCAUAUCACAUGGAGCCUGUGAACAUAUGGGUAGGUACAACCUCUUAGCAGAAUAUCUUGCUGCUGAAGGGAUCCUUGUGUUUGGACAUGAUCAUGUCGGGCACGGAAGGAGUGAAGGGGACCGUGCUCAUAUUGAACACUAUGGACAGUAUGUGCAGGAUGUAAUUCAAACAGUAGAAGAAACAAAGAAGCAAUUUCCUGAGCUCCCUUGUUAUUUGAUGGGGCAUUCUAUGGGGGGACUCAUUGCUGGCCUAACUGUGGUUGAACGGCAAGACUUGUUCAAAGGAUUGAUCCUGAGCGCUGCUUUGGUGGAAGUCGAUCCAAAUGCAGCUGGAUGGUUUAUUAAAACUGUUUCGAAAGUCGUUGCUGUCCUAGCCCCUCAACUUGGUAUCAAGAAACUUAAUACAGACGACAUAAGUAGUGUUCCUGAAGAGGUUCAAGCCUACGUCGAUGAUGAACUAAUUUAUCAUGGAAGCUGUAAAGCUAAAUGGGCUACUGCAUCACUAGCAGCAAUUGCUGAGUUGAGAGAGCAAAUUAAAAGAAUACAUCUGCCUCUUCUUCUUAUCCAUGGCAUUGAUGAUAAAAUAGUACCGAUAUCUGGCUCUGAGUUCAUUGCUUCUAAUGUGUCCAGUCCACACCUACGAUUCGAGAGGUUUGACGGGAAUCGGCAUGAGGUGUUUCAUGAUACGGAGCAAACCCGAGCACGUGAAGUCAUAAAAGAAUGGAUUUUUAUGUCACAUAAGUUUUGAGUUCAUAAUUAUAAUAUCUACCACUGCUCAUAAUUAUUAUUGUUUCCUAGCGCAGUAUAUUUGUUACAUUUUGUUAAAACUAGUACGGUUAUUAAUCACGAAGUGUAUGUCACGAGGA